CAUUCUUUACAUAUUUUGGAACUUCGCUCGCCUUUAUGUAUCGAUGUUCCUCACCAAGAAGAAAAACCCUCCGACCUAAAAGAGAGACGAUGAUGCUCAGGCAAGUAGCGAAGAAGGCUCUUCUAGGGCUGACGUCACGCCAACCUCCGCCUCGGCCCAUUGGUAUCGCUCCUCGAUUCUACCACGAGAGGGUUAUCGACCACUUCGAGAACCCCCGCAACCCCGGUACCUUAGACAAGAGCGAUCCCUCUGUCGGUUCUGGCCUCGUUGGAGCUCCAUCGUGCGGCGAUGUCUUGUGGCUUCAGAUUAAGGUCGACGAAGAGAGUGACCAAAUCGUUGAUGUCCGCUCCUUGACCUUCGGCUGUGGCUCCGCCAUGGCUGCUUCUUCUCUCACCACUGAAUGGGUGAAAGGCAAAACAGUGGAGGAAGCCUUGACCAUCAAGAACACGGAGAUCGCGAAGUAUCUUUCGCUUCCACCUGUUAAGCUGCAUUGCAGCAUGCUCGCAGAGGAUGCCAUCAAGGUAGCGGUGAAAGACUAUAAGAAGAAGCGUGCCCAAUGGAAGGGCGGCGCAACAGGCAAAGCCUUGGCCGAGGCUCCUUGAUCCUGCUACUAAUUUAUUCCAUAAUAUGCAGAUGACAAUAGGAAACACUUGAGCACAAUUAUAUGGGGUGUGUUGUGACUUGUGAGUAUUUCUGGUUUGGUAUCCUUGGACCAAGUUUGUUGAAUCUAAAUGCUUUGAAUUAAGUUUUGUUGUCAAAGUCAGAGAAUGCAUUUAGGUAUUGGAGAGACUCGAGAACUUGUUGCAUCAUGGGAUCGCCGGAAUUUUCGUUCUUAGGCUAA